ACUCAAGCAUGGCGGCAGAGCAUGGAAAUCGAGCGUGUUCCGAAAAUCAAAUACAAUCCGUGGUUCGGGGCAUUUUGGGGCAACUAUUUCAAGAAAGGCCAUCACCAUCUGUGCAGCAUGCCACAGUUAACAGUGAAAUAAAUCGCGCUUUUCGUUUGCCGAGAAAUUCAAACACCUCGCCAUUGACAGUCGAAGGUGAACCUCAGACUGGCCCAUCGGAGCCAUCGCAGCCGGUCAGUUUGCCUCAGCAACCUCUUUCUGUACCAUCGUUUAAUUCUCAUCUUAACUACGGUAAUGUGAUGGGUCGUAGACCUGGUCCAAUUCGACCACGUCGAAGUGGAAAUCGACGUCACUCAGCUGUGCAAAGUAAUAACAGAUGCUCCUCGACUCAAUCGUCUUCGUCAGAUAGAAAUGAGUUAUUCUUAAAGGACGUAUACCUACUGCCAAGGCCAACGUACGACAGGGUCCCGAGACGUGAAGCGAAAGCGAACCUACAAAAAGAGGGGUUCUGCAUUGACGCUUAUACAUUUGAUAAAAGAUGGAAUGAACAAAUUAUUCGGGAAAAAAUGGUAAUGUUAUUCCAAAACAUAUUAAAGGAUGAAAAAAGUUUUGAGUUUGUAAAAUCAUCAGGGACAACUGUCAUUCCUGUUAAUUUGCCAUCUGAACAGAGAAUGACAGGAAAAGUCCUAAAACAUGUUGCUGGCAAUGGACCUGUCUACAUACGGUCUUGCACUGAUGUUGAGUUUCAGUUAAGUGAAGAAGGUGAUGAUGAAAUAUUAAACACUUCUGGCAUAUCAACCUCAGCCACAGUGUCACAAAGAUCUAUAGUUGAGCCAAAUAAAACUCUUUUGUGCAGUGAUAUAAGAAACUACAUACCUCAACCAUCAUCGUCAUCAUCACUCAGUAGUCCAGCGUGUUUGCAAAGACAAAAUUCUGCAACCGAUUCCUGUGGGGAGAAUCUGUGUAGAUCUGGGUUGCCAAACGAAUUAAAUUAUGAGCCAACAACUUCACAGCUACAGCACAUCAGUGAGAUGUUUCCAUUUCUUGACCAUGAAAUGAUCUCAAAAGCUUUAUUAGAUUCAAAUAUGAAUGUUGAAGUUUCAAUUGACAAAUUACUUGGAAUGACAGAGGGAAGAGUUCAUGAUGAACCAGAUGCUCAUAAUGAGCCAGAGAAUAUCACAGAUGAUGAGAUAUGGGACACACCCAUAGCAACACCUGUGUCAUUUGCAGAUAAUCCUUUAACAAUCCUUAAAAGGUUUACACGUUCUGCUGUUAACACAUUUGGAGAAGAGAUGGAUGUCGUUAUCAACCGAAAUAAGGACAUAUUACAACAAGUAGUGAGGAGAUAUAAACAUCCCGAAUUUGACAUCACAAAAUCUCUGAAUGUGUCUUUUGUUAAUGAGCCUGGUGUAGACGCUGGUGGUUUAACACGUCAAAAGGGACAUUUACUUCCAAUGCACAAUUACGACUUAGUCUCGGGUGGCUUAUUCGUUAUUGUCGGAAGGAUGGUCUUACACGCAAUUCUAAAUAACUGCACUGGAGUCCCCGGAUUGUCUCCUGGAGUUAUCGCCUACAUUGCAAGUGGUAGUCGUGAUGCAGCAGUAGAGCAUCUCACUUUAGAGGAUGUUCCGGAUCCUGUUUUGCAGGAUAAAUUGCACCAGGUAAAAUUGAAAGAGCUUACAUAG